GCAGACAACAGUGGAAGCGAAGAAACAGGAGAAGCGGCGGGUUCUGGAAGAGGGGAAAAACGAUCUCUUCAUCGCCGGCGAAGGCGACGGCACCGCCGCCGCACUGUCGGCUCUCUUCGUAGAGAGUCUGUCAUCAUGCAAAGCCCUAGCAAAAUCUCCGAUGCCUCUGCCUCCACUACAACCCCUGCUGUAUGUGGACUUCAAGGGUGGGCAGAUCUCCCAGAAGGUCUGCUCCAUUCUAUCUUUCCUCUAUUGAACUCCUUCCUUGAGCUCCUCGCCUUUGCUGGCACCUGCCACUCUUGGCGUGCUGCUUUUGCCUCAUACCCAUCUAAAUCCACAUUAUGCAGCUUGCUCCCACCUCUCCUUGUCCGGCCUCAUAUCAAUGUCCGUGCUCCUAAUCUACCUUCCAGGAGUGAUGAUGGUCACGAGCUCCGCACAUGCCAGGUCCUUGAUCCAGCCAACUUGAAAAGUUCCCUUCGCUGCCAGAUUCCUGAAGAGACAUUCGAGGAUUUGUGCUUUGCCGGCUCUUCCUAUGGCCAGUUGAUUUGUGGUGGCGGCACAAAUUGUCUUAUCGUCGAUGUUUUCACUGGUGUGAAAGUUUUACCACCACAGCUCCCAUUUAAUGACGACACUUAUUUCUACUCUGGCUUGCUGACAGCUCCCCUCUCAUCAAAUAACUCACACCUCCUUGUCUGCGCUGCAUCCAACGUGUACAGCAUUCAGUCCUCCCUUCUUGACUGGCCGGUUGGAAGUGAUUCUUGGUCAGAACUACGACUCAGUGAUACACGGAUUGAGCAAAUUGUGGAGUUCAACGGCCAGUUCAUCGUGUUGGAUGGCAGCUACAACCUUCACACUCUGUCCUUGGCGCCCCAGCUUGGUCUGCAAGGGAUAGCAACUGUCUGGUGGGAUGGCAUGGAUGAAUGCCCGUAUCUAAGGCCAUGGCUUGUGGUGUGUGGCGGCAUGCUUCUUAUGGUUGACCAUUACAUGACCCUUUCAUUUAAUGGAGCACCUGUCAACUACAAAGCCUAUCGCCUCGACAUGUCAACUGUACCUGCAGUUUGGGUGGAGGUGAAGAAGCUUGAGAAUUACUCACUCUUUAUUGGAAGCGACGUGAGGAGCCCAGCGUUUUCUUGCGCCAGUCCGGAACGAUGGAAUGGGAGGAGCAACUGCCUGUACUAUGGGUAUUACUAUCAACCCUGGGUGUUGCAUGGGCUUGGUGAUGACGCAGAUGCUGUGUGGGAUCCAGAGAAUGACCCUGACCUCGUGUUCAAGAGGAACUGGUACAUCCGGCUGCAGCCCUUCUGGGUGUACCCUAGCAUGUUCUAUCGCUGAUGGCAAGUGGUCCAUGUGCCCCAUCUGCUUUAGAGAACAGAAACAGAGACUUGCCAUUAUGGUAGUUGAGAGUUUGCAGACUUGUCGGUUUCACUAGUUUUCAGCUGUUUUUCGCUGCUACCUUUAAUCUUUUGCACUAGUUCUGAACUUGUUGGUUGUGUGCUGGAAAGCCUGGAAGGCUGGAACCCAUUAAUGUUGGUUGAACGAGUAGUAGAAAACACUUUUGUAAUUUCAGAGCUUCCUCUGCCCCUGCAAAAUGUGGAGAUGGUGAUUGCCUUUCUGUA